AUGUUGGCAUCAAAUACGCGUCACAAACCCCCACAAGGAUACCUCAACAAGUCUCCCCGAGGUAUGUUUUUCAGAGUCCAUUAUCGGCACGUUAACUGCAGAAGCAGUUCUCAGUCAGAUAAUUCACCAGUCUGCGAAUUUAGUAGAAACUGGGAUGCUCAUCCAACUUUCAGUGAUAGUGCGUUACCACAUACGGUUUCGACGCUUUACCCUGCUCCGCUGACAAUCCAGAUAUGUUGCCUGGGUUGGGACGAUUGGGAGUCCUACGGCAAUGAGAUCCUAAGAGCACUAACUCCUGUAGCUGAACACCACGUACGCCUUCAGUGCGAGCAGACGAUUAUGCCAAAGGCUCCAGUAAGUAGCCUUAAGGCUUUUGUUGUCUGGCAAGGAAGUCCUCCACGAGAUCCUCGGGGCAAGGUUCACGGAUGUCUCGUUACGGAAGGCCAUUUAGAGAUGAUGCGCGAUCGCAACUGCGGCGAUUAUAUCCAGGUCGAAUUUGAGUCGGAUUAUAGCAAGGAGAAACGAAGCAAGAAAAUAUUACGGAAGCUCUCACAACUCCCUAGGAGGGCAAGGUAAGCUCCUCUAGGUGCUGUUUCGAGUAGUUCUGAAAAG